AUGUCACCAAUGUCAUCAGAUUCAUACUACAUCAUCCCCAACCUACAAGCCAUGGACCCCUCCGCCCACGAGAUCGACCUCAACGCUCAGACAUGGAUCCAGCCCAUAAUCAUCGAGGACGAGGAUCUCAUGUUUGGCGGCAAGUCCCUGAGCACCUGGUACGAGGAGGACCGCUCGCGCCUCAGCAGCGGCAGCAGUAGCGGCAGUGAUGAUGGUAACCAGAGCCCCGAGGAGGAGGAGGAGCACCGAGGACGAGAGCGAACGAGGCGAUACCACCACGACAAGAAGACGCUGAAGAAGUCUCACCGAAAGUGA